AGCCCCUCGAGGAGUUAGUGCAGCACGCGGCUAUUUUCAUUCUUUUGCGUUUGUACCAUGGGCGCUGCUCUGCAGGCGCGCCACAAAGCCGCCGCAACCCCGGGCGAAUACGCCGCCUUCAACGACAGCGGUGAAAUGUUGGCCCUGCGCACCGCCUGUGGCACUUUCGGGGCGGCGUGUGUGUCCAUUCUUUUUUUUGCCUUCUUUGUGCAAAUGGGGAUCGUGUUAUUGCGUCUGUACACACGCAAGGAGACUGGCAAGGCCAGCGUACCCAAGCCGGAUCCGGCGAAACGUACGGUGCGGCAUCUUGGCAUCAUCAUGGACGGAAACAGGCGAUUUGGUCAAAAGCACAGCACUCGGCACGCGGAGCCUGACGCAGCUGUGUUGAAGACCCUCUGCACCGAACUCUGCAGCCCCGAGGCUGCGUUGGUGUACAACGGAAAUAAGGAACAGGCAUCGUGGUUGGCCACGCGCUAUAACCGCUUCAUGAAGCUCAUCGAACACACCACCUUUGACGGCCACCGCAAUGGAGGUGAGAAGCUCUUGGAAGUGCUGUCCCACUGCAUAGAUGCGAACGUGGACAUGGUCACUGCCUACGCUUUCUCAACCGACAACUGGCAGCGGCCUGCCGCGGAGGUGGACUCGUUGAUGUCUCUCUUCUUCUUCUUCUUUGACCGCAUCCGGAAAGUGGCGCUCGACAAGCACAUCUUUGUCCGUUUUAUUUCGACGGAACUGGAUCGACUUCCCGCGCGUGUGGUAGAGCUGAUGCAAACAGUGGAGGUGGAGUCACGAGCAAUUCAGCCGCGCCGGCUAACGUUGAACAUCUGCGUGAGCUACAGCGGCCAGUCGGAAGUCGUCGCGGCAUGCAAUCGCAUUCUCGCGCGCCGCCUUUGCAGCUGCGGACCGUCCCUCGCAACACCGGUGACGAGGGAGGAGAUGAAUCAUGAGAUGCUCCGCAGCAUAACCCAGGAUGACUACGAGGAGCAAGAUAAGCUUGUCUUCACGAAUGGUGUGUCUGCGGAGCCGGAGCUGAUUCUGCGUACGAGUGGUGAGCAGCGGGUGAGCAACUUUCUUCUGUAUGAGUGUGCCUACUCCGAAUUUGCGUUCUUCAAAAAGACAUGGCCGGAGUUCACUCGCGAAGACUUGUUAGAGGCGCUCGACGGCUACGCCAGCCGUGACAAACGCAGGGGAAAAUGA